AUCUGUUAGCUUACUUAUGUAUAAACAGCUCCGUGUCGAUGUGUGUUGCUGUAAACUGUAGUUUGUACAAUAACAAUAAAUAUUAAACUUUUUAAUAUGUCGCGAGUGCCUAUUCUCGUUAUUUUAGGUUCAACAGGUACGGGAAAAUCUCGGUUAGCUAUUGAAUUGGCUCAAAAGUUUGCAGGGGAAAUUAUUUCUGCAGAUAGUAUGCAGGUUUACAAAGGGCUGGAUAUUAUAACAGCUAAAGUCACUGAAGAAGAAAGAUCAUUGGCCUCUCAUCACAUGUUAGAUUUCGUAGAUCCACUUAAUAAUUAUUGUGUUAUUGAUUUUAAAAAGACAGCACUCCCAAUUAUGAACGAUUUAAUAGUUAAGCGAAAAAUGCCUAUCAUCGUGGGAGGCACAAAUUAUUAUAUUGAGUCACUACUCUGGCAUAUUCUUCUUGAUGAUCCUGAAGCGUCUGGAAUGUCGAAAAAGAGACACGAUAGUCAAGUUUUCGAUAGUCAAAUAAAUGAUGAUUUUGAAUUGAAUGAUGAUGAUACAGACAAAAGAUUUGUGACCUUAAAAAAAAUGAAGUACGAUGAUAAUGAGCAUUCAAAUGAAACAUUGCAUAAAAAAUUAGCAUCAGUAGAUCCGGAAAUGGCUCGACGUUUACAUCCUAAUAACAGAAGAAAAAUUAUCAGGUCCUUAGAAGUGUUUGAAAAUCAUGGAACAACGCAUUCAGAAAUUUUGAAACAUCAACGAACAGCUGGAGGUUGCGGCUUAGGGGGACCUUUACGGUUUCCUAAUUCUUUAAUUUUAUGGCUGAAGUGUGAUCAGAAAAUAUUGGACGAAAGGCUAGAUCGAAGAGUAGAUUCUAUGCUAGAAGCUGGGUUAGUAAGUGAGCUCCUGGGUUUUCAUGAACGAUAUAAUCAAGAACGACUAAAAACAAAUGC